GAGUUGCGAGUUUCCGACUCAUUUCGGAAAAUCCGGAUCUGUAAAUAAUUUAAAUUUAAUUUUUGUAGUUAGUUGCAGUGUGUGAACGGGAAGUGAUGGACUUAAAAUGAAAGCACUCCAAAACUUAUUCCCCAAUAAAGAGGGAUUUAUUAUAUUUGCUUUGUACAUAAUAUUAUUUGUAUUUCAAGGUGUGUUCGUGACUGCAUCGAAGAAUGCAAAAGGAGGAUAUUCGUAUAACACAACCCUGGUGGUGUUUCUGACUGAGCUGCUCAAACUUGUGGCUUCCGCCUCACUCUACUCAUAUAGACGAAAUGAAAAACCGCACAUUUUCCGAGCGGUGGCCUUGAACUACAAGUUGCUGCUGCUGUACUUUAUCCCGUCGCUGCUGUACUGCUUCUACAACAACUUGGCCUUCGUGAACCUCUCGCACUACGACCCGACCUCGUACUACAUACUACUGCAGUUCCGGGUCGUGCUCACUGCUAUACUUUUCCAGUGUCUGUUCCAAAAGAAACUGACGUUAAUGCAAUGGGUGUCCCUGGGCAUCCUGACCCUCGGUUGCAUACUCAAGAACUUCGACGCUGCCUCAGUCCAGUCCAAGACCGGAGACACCGACCUCUGGUCGCAAGUAUUCAACAUCUACUUCCUAUCCAUCAACUUCCAGAAUUUCUGCUCAUGCUUAGCCGGGACUUACAACGAAUAUCUUCUAAAAACGCAGGGCGCGAGCGUAGACAUAUUUUUACAAAACGUGUUUAUGUAUCUAGACUCGGUAAUCUGUAAUUUCUUCAUACUUAUGCUUAAAGGCGAACUAGAUACGGUCUUUGACGAUUUUAGCUCGCUAGCUAAUAUUAUUGUGAUACUUAUUAUUGUAAAUAGUGCCGUUGUAGGUAUAGUGACUAGCUUUUUCUUAAAGAAUCUUAAUUCUAUAUUGAAAACUUACGCUAGUGCGCUAGAAUUGGUUAUAACAGCGGUAGUUUGUUAUUUAUUGUUUAAUAUUUUGAUCACUUGGGGUACAGUGACGUCUAUAUGUCUAGUCAGUGUAGCGGUGGGGAUGUAUAUGAAAAAUCCAGUGAAUAAUGCGAUCCUGAAUGAACCUAUGAAGGAUCAAAAGCCCUUGCUAGAAGAAGUCAGAACUGAACAGUAGCUACCUAUACCUACUGUGUAUUUUAUAAUUCUAAAAGUGAGACGAAUUUUAAACAGUGAUAUUUAAAGCGUGGCCUCGCAUUUCUAGAUCUUAGUUAAGAGUCACACCUAGCCGCCGACAUACCGUACCUUCUUCUUAACGCUUAUCCACGUGAAAAGGUCCUCCUUUUAUUUAGGGAAUUAUGAUAAAAUCAGUACUUACAUGCCCACAAGCUGUUAACUAUUGCCCACAGAAGAGAAAAAUGUACAGUUCGCGCGAACACGCUAGUUUUCUCUCCUGUGGGCAAUAGUUAACAGCUUGUGGGCAUGUAAGAAUGAUUUCAUCAAAGUUCUAUAAAUAAAAGGAGGACCUUUUCACGUGGAUAAGGGUUAACUAAGAAAAUUAACCUUUAUAGCCCUUAACUCUUGUGUAUGUCUACAGGAAAGACGCGAACACAGUUUUCUUUUUGACCCGGGUACCUCUUGUCUGUGUAGGUAUGAUAAGGACCCUGACCGGAUUUUAGCUAUAUCUUUGCAUUAUUUUCUAUUAAGAAUAACCGAGGUUUGGACCUACAAUUUUUGACCACCACACACAUGAAAGGUUGAUAGUCCAGGUAUCUCCGUAGCUGACUGUACAUACGGUAUAGAAAGACGGGAUGUAUUAUGAAACGCCGUCGCUAAGUAAUGCAUUUUAAUAUUCAUUUUCUCAUGCAUUUUGGUUUAAUAAUUGUCUAUUUUUUUUUAUUCCAUGAAACUAUACAUUUUAAGGCAUUUAAUUACAUUAUUCGAUUUUAGUGAGUUUAAACAUGCUUUCUGCAUUUUUGUGAGUAUUAAGUACCUAAUCUCGAAAUUAAUUAAAACUUUAAGGUUUAAAUCUGCGUUGGAUACUGACUAACUAUAAGUUCAAUUAUAUUUUUCAGUUCCUUCGUAUGAAAGAUUUAAAAAAUGUUUAUUUGUUCAUUUGAAUGAUUAUUUGCUGUCUCCUGUCUAUUGCCAAUAUUGGUUUUGUAAAGAUCUAAAUUAAUAUUAUUUUUAUUUCAAAAUGUUAAGUUGAAAUAGGUGUGGUGUGAUUACUGUGAUUACGUAAUUCUAACGAAAUAAUUAUGGUGAUGAAAAAUCUGUUAUCUAUAUAACAGUUUUUUUUUUAUAUGUUGUAUUUCUCACGUAAAAUGUUUGCACGUAGACAUUUUUUGGAAGUCUAGCAUAUUCAUUUAUUUCGUUAAUGUUACAUUAGUAACAAAAAUACGGUAAAUACAUAUUGUCAUAUGGACCAUCCCAUCAUUCGACGCGAGAGGUAUACCUAGUAAUGAGAUGACACUUGAAAACAAAAGAAUAACGGCCAUUAUAAUAACAUUAAUAACUGUACCACUGCUGCUUAUUUUAGUAUGAUUUAACGACAUUAUGGACAGUUCAAUAUUUCUCGCUAAGUACUUAGGUAUAUCUAAAGUUUUCGUUAGAAAACAAUAUGUAUGUUGAUUCGCUUAUGGAGAUUUUGGAGUGCUCAUAAAUAAAUAAUAUGGAUAUAGGCACUUUUUUUAUAAAAUCGUUCGUCCCUCACCUGGGCAAGUCUCCCGGAUUCCCUAUGCCAAUUCGUGCGCAUUGCACGGUUAUCAUACUGAUGCGAAUUUGCACUUCUUUCCGGUAUAUGUGCGUGACAGCGCUAUGUUACAUCUCGCUCGCACAGCACACCGGACCGGCGUGCGAAUCCGCAUCCAAUUUGAAGACCGCCUUACUCAUGUUACAGAAAAGUGUUACUCCUCAUCAGGGCUUCUCAAAGUACGCUACACGAAGCCCCGGGAGUUCAGCUGUGGUCUUAAUAUUCGCAAUAAGGCAAGAUAACGAUGACUGGCUCACUCGCAUUUUAAAAAACUGCCUGGGAAAGGGGUUCGUUCGUGGGUUAAGUUUGAACAACUCUGAUCUAGAUAAAACGGAAAGAUAUGUAACUCAUUAGUUCAAUUAAUACUUGUGCCAGUAUUAGAAGUAGUCUCAAACUUACAUGUAAGUAUAAGUAUUAUGUAUUAUGGACAGUAGGUAUAUUUAUCUCGAUAGUGUGACAUGAAAAAGAAGCAAUACUUUAUUAUUAGUACUAUACUAUAUAGUAGGUAUACUUAUUUUUUACUUAAGGAGUAUUAUUAUACGUGCUACUUAAGUAGUAUUAUACGUACCUAAGAAGUUAUUAACCCUUUGACCGCCUUAGGGCCACUUGCACCAAUCCAAAUAAUCUGAGGUUAAGCGGUUAAACCGUUAACCCAGUGUCAAAUUGUAUUUGUAAGUUUUGUAACCAUGGUAACUCCAUGUUAAACCGGUUGACCCCGGGUUUGUGGGAUGGUGCAAGUGGCGCUUAGACGUUAACUGACGUGCGCGGCUACAGCCCAAUAUCGACCUUCGUGCAUUCCCACAAGGUUCAAGAUGACGCGCCGCGCACGAUAGGCGUCGCGUUCAAACGAUUAAGUCGCAUACCAGAGGCCUCAUGUAGAUAGGAGUUAACUUUCCAAUGUUAUGUUAAAAUACCUAUAUAGUUUAUAGAUGGCCAAGCAGAUCUUGUCAGUAGACAAAGGCGGCAAACUUGAAAAAAAUGUAGGCGCGAAGGGAUAUCGUCAUAGACAAUUUUAAUUUCGCCCCUUUUUCUACUGACGAAAUUUGCUUGACCAUCUACAUUUUCCACGUUCCUCAAAGACACACUGUCGCAAAACUGCAUGUCCACUUUAUGAAUUACAUGAUUUAUUCAAAAUCUGUUAAAUUUUGCAACUCGUUGGACAUAUUAAUUUGUGGGUAACAUGGAAAUAUAAUUUGAAACUUAACCAAACCAUAUGUAAAAUUAUUUAUUAACUGUAUCAGAAUUAAUUUUAUCGUAUGCUUUAAGUAACGUGUUCCUUUUGUUUGUUUAGAGUUAUUAGCUUUUUUAAAUAAAUAUUAUCAAAUACCUACUUAUAAA